UUGGUGAAACCUGGCCAGGACAGCAGCCUGAAGUCCAGGAUUGGAACACAGGCAGAGGCUGCAGUCUCUGGAGAAAAACAAACGUCCGGAGCAGAAGCGAUCUGUCCAAGAUGCUGCGCCGGUUCUUGUCCCACCUGCUAGGUGUCUGGCUGCUACUAAGCCAACUUUCCAGAGAGAUCCCAGCCACGGGUGACAAGAUACUUAAGGCAUGUGGUCGCGAUUAUGUCCGCCUACAGAUUGAGGUCUGCGGCUCCAGCUGGUGGGGGAGAAAGGCUGGCCAGCAGCGGGAACGUCGGCAGAUAUCCGAACCCCUGGCAGAAGUUGUGCCAUCCUCCAUCAUCAAUGAUCCAGAAAUCUUAAGUUUGAUGUUGCAAUCCAUUCCCGGUAUGCCACAGGAACUGAGGAUAGCAACACGGUCUGGGAAGGAGAAGUUAUUAAGAGAGCUACACUUUGCACUUGAAGAUUCAAAUCUUAACUUGGAAGAAAUGAAGAAAACUUUUCUUAACACACAAUAUGAAGCUGAAGACAAAAGCCUUUCAAAAUUAGAUAAACAUCCCCGAAAAAAGAGAGAUAACUACAUAAAAAUGAGUGAUAAAUGUUGUAAUGUAGGUUGUACCAGAAGAGAGCUUGCUAGCCGAUGCUGAGAUGAAAGUAUUGUGUAAUUCAUCUACU